GUGUUGACCAUCGCGGUCGGUGGAGGCUGUCGUCCGGAAGAGGCACCGCUCGCUUCCACGGCCAAGUUCCCGCAAAGCAGCGCAACGGCCUCUGGCACCACCCCACUCCCCGUCGUCCACGCGCCGCUUUGACAGCUUCAGAGCUCCUCCACCACAGCACAACAAAGAAGGUUUGACUGCAGGCGCCUUCGCUCUCGCGCCCUUCAAGCGCCCAUCUGACUGUGCUCAACCUCCAUAGCGCUGGCUGCUAUCCCGCUCUCUUACUCGUCCUGCCUCUGCUUUGCCCGGUAAAAGCAGCACGUCAAGGACCCGUUUCAAGCCAUCACACUCCUGUAUAUUACUUCUUCGACGCCCCGAUCACGAUACCUUUCUUCUCCUACGGACUUCCCGUCGUCGCAAGCGUGCCCACCUCUUGUGCUCCGAAUCAUUCUCUUGAUCUAUCGGACGCUCAUUGCUCUUGACUGGAGCCACAAUGGGUUCAACUACCAAGCCCAAGCUUGCACAGCUUAAGACGCCAGUAUCCUCCACCUUUCCCUCGGAGCUGUCAGCUCUCUCUGCGCGGACGCCUCGGACGGGCUUUGCGGAUUUCAUCAAGCAGGAGGAUAUCAAGACUCCCAUCACGCCUCCAACUGCAUAUACAGACUUCCUCAAGACUAUGGCGAGUCCAGUGCCGGGAGAGAAGUCAUCUGGAAGAACCACACCUACCUCGGUCCCUUCCACCAAUUCGAGCGAGAAUAGCGACUGCUCUUGCAAUUGCGAUACCCACAAGUCACCCACCUCAGCUGUGCCUCCAACAACGCCCUUCGUCUACCCAUCUAGCGCGCGUUCAACCUCAUGGUUAGGACGUCUUCGAAUCCCACCUUCGCCCGCAACCCCCGGUGCUGAAUCGCCGUUGAGCGCACCACUAACCGCUUCCUCGGCGGUUCAUUCUCCUUUCAGUGCACGCAGUGCACGAGGUGCCCGGUCCCCUUAUGAUUGGGAUUUCCAGAGCAAGGGAAGAUAUUUCGAUAUCAAAUCACCCAAGACAGCCAGAUCAAGUGUUCGCCAAGUCCGAGAAAUUGUCACGCGAACCGUCACAUAUACACCUCGGAUGAGCCCUGCGCCUAAAGGAAAGAGGAGGAAGAUUGAAUAGUGCAUGGAGACCUUAUUAUCAUGAUGCAUCCCGGUCUCGACCCAUUUUACCAUUCUCGAAAUCUCUACAAUAUUUCCACACUACGUCUACUUUGUCAAACGCCACACCUACAAUAACUUUCGAUAAACGACCGUCAUUCACGAUUUCACGCCUUCUCUUCUUGUUCGUUUGAUGAAAAUAAGGGGCCUAGAAGUCUCAGUUAGGGAGGAAAAUGGGAGGCUUCAUGUUUCGCUAUCUUGCUCGGCGCACGGCCUGGAGCAUGUGGGAGUAAGGUAACGGAUAGGGCCGAGAGAGCAAGCGGGGUUUGGCUUUCACCCCGCCAUGCCAUCGACCAGUUUAAAGGAUUGGAGGGUAUUAUUCUCUAUGGGCAACCCAACAACUGUAGUAGGCGUACAUCGGCGUACAGCGGGAUGGGACUGGGUUGGGUUGACUUGUAUGGAUUGGAGAAAGAGGCGCAGGAAGGG